GAACGAAUCGUUCAUGAACUCACGUCACUAAAGCUCGCAGGAUCAGGGGGCUUUGCGAGACUAGCGACCGACAGAGCAGCGGAAGAAUUUAGUGUGAGAGUCGUCAGUCUAGCAGUUGGCAGCCGAUAGACAGCUUCCAUUUACACAAAAGCAACUCCCGCGGUUGUCCUGCAAGCUACGGCCGGCAUGAAGAGGUGAUUGCAACUAAUUAGUCACUGCAACUGGUCAUCAGCUUGGACUGGAUGCUGUGUAGGCAUAUGCGUUAUUGUUGUAACGUGCUCAGCAGCAGGAGGUGGAGAGGGUUUGCAGUCCCGUGCCACAGUCAGGGAUGGACACCUGGACACCGAAUCCUCGAGCAAAACCGUUCAUCCCUCGCCAGCAACGGAGCCUCUAUCUCACCUGGAAGUACAAAUUAACUAACAAGCGAGCUCUCCGCCGAGGCUGCCAGGCUGGAGCGGUUCUAUUUCUGCUGGUCACAGUCAUUGUAAAUAUCAAACUAAUCUUAGACACAAGAAGAGUAGCCAAUGAGGAAGAGGCAGUGCAGGAGUAUGACGACGCCCUGCCCAACAUGGAGACCCCGCGCAAGACAGCGAGCGGUAGGAAGGUCCUGGACAUUGAGGUGUACUCCAGCCGCUCCAAAGUCUAUGUGGCAGUGGACGGCACCACUGUGUUGGAGGAUGAAAUGCGGGAGCAGGGCCGAGGCAUUCACGUGAUAGUCCUCAACCAGGCUACAGGCCAUGUGAUGGCCAAGAGGAUAUUUGACACCUACUCUCCCCAUGAGGACGAGGCCAUGAUCCUCUUCCUCAACAUGGUGACGCGUGGCAGGGUCCUCAUCUUCACCAUCAAGGAUGAGGGGACGUUCCACCUGAAAGAGUCUGCUAAAAACCUGCUGAAGGGGCUUGGGAGCCAGGCGGGCCUCAACCUCAGCUGGAGAGACAUGUGGACCUUGGUGGUGAAGAAAGGAGGUCAGUUGUAUGGUGAGAAACACUCCAAGUCCCCAGCCCUGUCCACCUGGGGAGAUCCUGUUCUACUGAAGACUGAGGUGCAGCUCACUGCUUCGGAAGAUGCAGAGUGCCAUUGGGCUGACACAGAGCUGAACAGGAGGAGAAAACUCUUCUGCAGUAAGGUGGAGGGCUACGGCAGCAUCUGUAGCUGCAAGGACCCGGCCCCCAUUGAGUUCAACCCAGACCCACUCCCCAACAACAAUGUGUUCAAUGUUCCUGUGGCGGUCAUCGCUGGGAACAGACCUAACUAUCUGUACAGGAUGCUGAGGUCUCUGCUCUCGGCCCAGGGGGUCAACCCACAGAUGGUCACAGUCUUCAUCGAUGGAUACUAUGAGGAGCCCAUGGAUGUGGUGGAGCUGUUUGGACUGAAGGGGGUUCAACACACUCCCAUCAGCAUCAAGAAUGCCAGAGUAUCACAGCACUACAAAGCCAGUCUCACUGCAACCUUCAACCUACACCCAGAUGCCAACUUUGCCAUAGUCCUGGAGGAAGACCUAGAUAUCUCCAUAGAUUUCUUCAGUUUCCUGAGCCAGACCGUCCAUCUGCUCAACGAGGACGACAGCUUAUACUGCAUCUCAGCCUGGAACGACCAGGGUUAUGAGCACACAGCAGAGGACCCAGCUCUCCUCUACAGAGUGGAGAGUAUGCCAGGCCUGGGCUGGGUGCUGAAGAAGAGUCUCUACAAGGACGAACUGGAGCCCAAGUGGCCCACGCCUGAGAAGCUGUGGGACUGGGACAUGUGGAUGCGUAUGCCAGAACAGAGGAAAGGCAGAGAGUGUAUCAUCCCUGACGUGUCCCGCUCCUACCACUUUGGCAUCAUCGGACUCAACAUGAACGGCUACUUCCACGAAGUGUAUUUCAAGAAGCACAGGCUCAACACGGUCCCUAAUGUCCAGCUGAAGAAUGUAGACGGCUUGAAGAAAGAUGCCUACGAGCUGGAGAUUCAGAACUUACUUAAAGAGGCUGAUGUGCUGGACCACAGUAAGAACCCAUGUGAGGACUUGUUCAUCCCUGAUACAGAGGGGAAGACCUAUGUCAUGUACAUCAAGAUGGAGCUGGAGACUGACACAUCCACCUGGACUGAGCUCGCCAAGUGUCUCCAUGUGUGGGAUCUGGAUGUGAGGGGGUACCACAACGGCCUGUGGAGGCUCUUCAGGAAGAGGAACCAUGUCCUGGUUGUGGCCGUUCCUAUCUCACCAUACUCUGUGAAGAAGCCAGUGAACAUUACACCCAUCCACCUAGAGCCUCCGCCCAAAGAAGAGGGAGCCCCCAUGGAGCAGCGUUAGCCCAACACCUCCACACACCCUCUCACAAUGCUAUCGACUGGUAAUAAGGUCAUUCUUGCAGGGGCUUGUGGCGUCGGAGAGCCAUUUUCUUUACACUAUAUCACACAGAGGGGGGUAUGUGGUGUAGAAGUGAUCCACACUGCCUACUGAGGUAGCUUGAGAAUCUUGAUUCCUGAGGUCAGAUUUGGCACCAGAUUCGUUUCUUUACACUGCAAAAAUAGUCUCUUUUGAAACUGGUUUCAAAAUAGCAUGGUGUAGAAGGUGGAGUAGCCCACCACACACACUCUCUCUAGCCUGGCCUUAACGCCAACACCCUUACCCUACUACCAACACCACCCUCCUGGCCUCACCACAGACAGCAGGGCUUCUUGGAAGUAGUGUUUUUAUGGUGGUCAGACACUGACUGGACUGCACCACUGAUCAUCAUUGGUCUUUCACUGUGUGGAGGUUCACUAGAAGAAGGUUUUUGACGAAGUGGGAGAUUGACCGUAUUAGGCUGUGGCACAGGAUUCCAUCCAAAUGGUUACGUAUAUAUAGCUAUGCCCCUUACUGACACUCCACCUGUGAAUUCUCGGAGAAGAGGAGAGGGGACAAAGGCUGGACCAGAAAGGAGUACAAAAGGGAUCUGUUAACAUUUACUGCAUCUUUGAUGCGUCUCCUUUACGACGGUUGGAUGAUGUUUGAAAGAAACAAACUGGAUGAAAAGGGGGAGAAGGAGAGGGAGGAUAAUUGACGCUCAAAUCUCACCCCCAGCUUUGUGGGGACACAUCCGCAUAAAUAAGUGGCUUCUGAUGAAACUUGCCCAACCAGAAAAUAAUGUAUUUUCUUUUUAUUUCUAAGUGCUUUGUCAAUCCUGUAUACAUUAACUUAUGUUUAUUUAUUUCACUUGCCAGUAUAUCAACCAACAAGUGUUUGAAAUGUUUUAUUUUUAAUCUGAUUUUUAUUAAUAUCAAUUCAUUAAAAAAAAAAUUUUUAGGCCUAACGUUUACAGAUCUGAUAUAAUAAUGUACAGUUGAAGUCGGAAGUUUACAUACACCUUAGCCAAAUACAUUAUUUAAACUCAGUUUUUCACAAUUGUUGACAUUUAAUCAGAGUAAAAAUUCCCUGUCUUAUGUCAGUUAGGAUCACCACUUUAUUUUAAGAAUGUGAAAUGUCAAUAAUAGUAGAGAAUUAUUUAUUUCAGCUUUUUUUUAUUUCAUCACUUUCCCAGUG